ACACACACACACACACACCAAAAAGAAUCUCACUCCACUCCACUGCAAGCAACAAUACAAACACCAUUGGAGUCGAGCAUCCUAAGAUCGACCGGAGUCCUUCCCUUCACGUACGUCGCCGGGGCCAUGGAGAAGGCAGCGGAGAACGUUGACGCCGGUGCGGCGGCGCCGCUGCAGCUGAAGCUGUUCGGGUCGUGGGCGAGCUCGUACACCCACCGCGUGCAGCUGGCCAUGCGGCUAAAGGGGCUCGGCUUCGAGUACGCGGAGGAGGACCUCCGCAACAAGAGCGACGCGCUGCUCCGCCACAACCCCGUCUACAACAAGGUCCCCGUGCUCGUCCACGACGGCCGCUCCCUCGCCGAGUCCGUCAUCAUCCUCCAGUACCUCGACGACGCCUUCCCGGCCACCCGCCAGCUCCUCCCCGCCGACGCCUUCGACCGCGCCGUCGCUCGCUUCUGGUGCCACUUCGGCGACGACAAGCUUGGGCCUGCGGUGGGGGCGGUGUUCGCGUCCACGGGGGAGGAGCAGGAGGCCGCCGUGCACCAGGUGCACGAGAACCUGGCGCUGCUCGAGGCGGAGCUACGGGAAGGGGCGUUUAAGGGCCGGCGCUUCUUCGGCGGCGACGAGGUCGGCUUCCUCGACGUCGUCCUGGGGUGCGGCUCCUACUGGCUGGCCGUCUUCGAGGAGGUCACCGGCGUGCAGCUGGUGGACGCCGAGGCGUUCCCGCUCUUCCACGCCUGGCUGCGCGACUUCGAGGGACAGGACGAGGUGAGGGAGACCAUCCCCUCCAUCGAUCGCCUCCUCGAGUACGCGCGCGGCCUCCGCCAGAUGCUGGUCGCCAUGGCCGCCGGCGCCGGCGCCGGAUCGGGCGCGGCCUCGGCCGACGCCCCCACAGCUGCUCCACCCGCCGCGGCGCCCCCGGCCGCCACCACGGCUGACAUCGCCGUGGACAUAUGACCGCCAACAGCAGGCUGUGCACGGUGCACUGUGGUUCGUGUCGGACGUCGUGGUAGCUACUUACUAGCUACUCCAGUAGAGUAUAGUUUCCCGUGUUGUGCUUGUGCGGUGCCGAGCAUGUGGCGAGGCGCCAUGAAUUGCGCUGCAUGCUACCACUAUAGUUAGUGGCGCAGUCUGGCUAGGUGUCGUUUAUUUUUCUCUCUUAUCUUCUCUUCUCAUCUCUCUUUGUUAUGCCUUGUGUGUUUGUAACUCGGAAUCUUAUUCUUAUGUGUUUGUUCUUCCUA